AUGGCGAACCAAGAGACUCACUAUGGCUUCGACGAAGGCGGAGAUGACGACCAGUCUAUUGUGUCGACGCGCGGACUCGAGGCUUUCAGUCGAAAGGUCACAACUACAGCUACUCAUUUGAUCGGACCCAAUGCCGAAGCCACGGCUCAUCACUACCAAACCGCGAUGGCCGAGGUGCACAAACAAAUGAAGCGGCCGACGGUCCAGCGAAGCAUGUUCGCGAUGGCCAGGACAACGCCAACCGACCUCAUGCGAUCCAGACUUUCAACGCACGAAAUCCAGCAUCGCGCUUUGACAUACCUCCCCGAUGAACUGCUUGCCAAUAUUCCUGAGCAUGACAAUCCUUACUCGCUGUUUCAGGGUUUCCAGGCCAGCUUCCCCGAGUUGACUGACGAGGGCAAAAAGUUCCAGCGACGAGUCACCCGCGGUCGCAAGAUGCUGGAAGACUCAGAUGGGACACCAGGAAGCCCAAAAAAAUUAACUCAAUUGAAAAAAGAGAAGGCUGCCAUGAUGCAUGAGUUUGGGCUGCUGGGCACUCGUAAGAGCAUGGCGAGCUACGAGAUUCGGGAAAUCGAUAACAAAAUCGCCAAUCUCCACGGCAUGCGAAGAAUUAUCCUGGACAGGCUCGCUGGGUUGGAACAAGAUGAAGCUAUGCUGGAGCACGACAUUUCCGAGAUGGAAAUCCGAGUUGAUGAGGCGCAGGCGUUGGUUGAUGAGGCUGAGGAAAUCGCACGAAACACACGAACCCAGGACGAACAAGAUCUGGUUGGCGAUGCCGAUGAUCACGAUCCAGAGUUCAUGUCCCAGUCAGUUUAUGAUAAGAUUCCUUCCUCAGAAGCAGGUAGCACGCCCCGGAAAACGAAAAAGGUACAUCGUAAGAAGUCAAUGCCCAUUCUGCACGAGCAUUUCGAGCCUGGCACCGCCAUUCGCGAGCUUCGAGCACACAAGGACACGAUUACAGCUAUUGAUUUUGAUGCCCCCUUCGGUACUAUGGUUACUGCUGCGCUGGACGAUACAGUUCGCGUUUGGGACCUCAACGCUGGUAGAUGCAUGGGUUAUCUGGAAGGGCACACUGCUUCGGUACGCGCCUUACAGGUUGAGGAUAACAUUCUCGCAACGGGCUCUAUGGAUGCGACCAUUCGACUCUGGGAUCUUAGUAAGGCGCAUUACGACCCUCACGGCGGCUUGGGAAAAGAUGACGAUGAGGAUGCUAUCGCUUUUGGAACGGAUAACCACCUUGAACCCCCACCUGGUAGCAUGGCCGAUUGCCCUCUGUACACAUUGGAAUCACAUGUCGACGAGAUCACAGCCCUCCACUUCAGGGGCGAUGUUAUGGUUUCUGGUUCUGCGGACAAGACGAUUCGCCAUUGGGAUCUUGAAAAGGGACGUUGCGUGCAAACAUUAGACGUUAUGUGGGCGGCAGCAGCAAGUAUGACGACUACAGACAGCGGGUGGCGGCCUACGGGGCGGUCUCAGAGCAGUUCGGCCGACUUCGUGGGUGCAUUACAGGUCUUUGAGACGGCACUUGCUUGUGGUACUGCAGACGGCAUGGUGCGACUUUGGGAUCUUCGGAGCGGCCAGGUCCAUCGCAGUCUAGUCGGUCACACAGGUGCAGUUACGUGUCUCCAAUUCGACGAUGUGCAUUUGGUGACGGGAAGUGUAGAUCGAAGCAUCAGAAUUUGGGACCUGAGAACAGGGUCUAUUUACGACGCAUAUGCUUACGACAACCCAAUCACAGACAUGAUGUUUGACGCCAGAAGAAUCGUCAGUGCUGCUGGCGAGGACGUCGUUAAGGUGUACGAUAAGGUGGAGGGACGACAAUGGGAAUGCGGCGCCGGCAUCACGGCGGCUGAAGAGGGUAAGACUCCUGCCAUCGUGGAGCGUGUACGUGUAAGAGAUGGAUAUCUUGUUGAAGGCAGACGAGACGGUGUCGUGGGGGCUGACAUAAAUCUCAUUGAACUGUAUCUCUCCUGGAAUAUGGCGUCAGCGGCUUAUGGGGAAAUUCUCGUCAGGUAUUUUGAGAUAACUCGAGAGCUCGUUAAGGCACCAGACGCUCGGUCGAGAACGACGGAUACAGGCUCUCCAAGCCCUGAAGAGUCCCAAGGGGUUUCUGAGACAGUUUUGGGGAAAUCAACAGAUUCCGCUGCGCUCACAGAUCCCACAGGAGAUGCCGUGGCUCGACUUCUUGCACGACAGGCUCAUGCAUUGAUCACAAUUCACAAUGAUUUGACGUCGAAUAAGAGAAUCGUCAACAUCAAUCAGAGUCUCCUUGAAAGAAGGAUCGCAGACUUGAUCUCCAUCUCGUCAUCCAAAUUUUACGCCUACCGAUAUGACCUCCUCCCUGUCGUGUGGCGUCAGAUAUACACUGACGCUUGCAUCCUUGACUCUUUUAGUCUCAUCAUGCAACCACUCAUAAUCGAUAGCAUUGUCCCAGAUAAGCUUCUAGAUCUUGUCGUUGAGAAGCUUGACAGAGCACUCAUCACGGCGGGUGGUGGUGGACGACAACAAUGGCUUGAGGAGACGAUACGGAUGCUUGAAUUAGCUUGGACGGCGAAUGAGGAACAUAAGAGGCCAACAAAGCGUCAAAGAUAUGACACUUCGACGCAAUGCUUUUCUAACUACCAGCCUCACGGAGAACCAAGGCUCUCACCUACGAGGGAAUGUCCUCGACGCUCCGGCUGGACAAUGCCACAGUUUGAACACUACAUGAACAGCAACAACGGAGAGCCUCGGCCUGUUAUCUUCACAGAUUUAAUUACAGAGUGGCCUGCUCUCACAAACCGCCCCUGGAAGGAUCCAGAGUAUCUCCUCUCACAAACCUUUGGGGGGAGACGUCUGGUACCGGUUGAAAUCGGUAGAAGUUAUGUUGAUGAGGGUUGGGGACAAGAACUUACCCAGUUCCGCGAUUUUCUUGAUCGUCAUGUUACAGGAGAAACAGAUAGCAUUGGCUAUCUCGCCCAGCAUAACCUCUUUCGGCAGAUCCCUUCUCUGCGUAACGACAUAUCUAUACCGGACUUCUGCUGGGUCGACGUCCCACCUCAUCCAACAACUCCGUCUCUAAAUCAGCCGCCGGUUGACAUGCCCCAGCUCAACGCCUGGUUAGGCCCAGCGCGCACUAUCACACCUCUUCACACCGAUGGCUAUCAUAACCUGCUCUGCCAGGUCGUCGGAACAAAAUAUGUCCGUCUGUAUCCCCCUCGCGCAACAUAUGCUAUGCAGCCGCGGGUAUCUGAGCAUGGUAUUGAUAUGAGCAACACGAGUAAAUUGGAUGUGGGUGUGCUCGAAGAAUGGGAUGAGAAACCGAAAGAUGUGAGUGACGAAGAUGUCCAAAGGAUGAGGAAACAACUCGAAGGUAUCGAGUAUUGGGAGUGUAUCCUUAAACCAGGAGAGACACUGGUUAUUCCUAUCGGAUGGUGGCAUUAUGUGAGAAGUUUAAGCGUGAGCUUCAGUGUGAGCUUCUGGUGGAAUUAG